AUGGACGGCAAGAAUCCUGAGUUUGUCGACAGUCGACAGGCCGCAGAGGAGACUGGUCCGAUUGGCUUUGUGCCUUCAUCUCCUGAAGAGGCAGAGCUUAGUCGUCGAGUCAAUCGCAAAAUGGACUUUGCCAUGCUGCCUUUGCUAUCACUGAUAUACCUCUUCAACGGUCUUGAUAAAGGCAAUAUUGGUAAUGCUGAGACCCAAGGUAUAACUGGAUCCCAUUUUUGGCGGUUCUUCUCUUGGGGAGCUUUGACCAUCGGGCAAGCAUUCAUUAAAGGACGAGGUGCAUUGAUUGCCAUUCGACUUGUGAUUGGACUUUUUGAAGCAGGUUUUUACCCGACAUGUGUCUCCUACCUAUCAUUUUUCUACGGACGAUUCGAUCUGGCAGUGAGAGUGGCUAUUUUCUAUGGCCAAUACGCGAUUGCUGGAGCAUUCUCAGGUGCCAUCUCAUUUGGUGUCUUUCAUCUGAAGAGCGGCAGCUUGCUCAACUGGCAGUAUCUCUUUGUUAUUGAGGGCAGUCUCACCUGUUUUGUCGCCAUCUUAGCGUGGUUCCUACUUCCUAGAGGUCCCGGUUCCGCGUGGUUUCUCAAGCAAGAGGAGCGUGAAUUCGCUGCAGAACGUAUGCGACGCGACACUGCACUGUUUAUUCAGCAUGAAUACGGCAAAGACGGCUUGGAGAAGGACAGACUCUCAAAACGCGAUGCUAUUGAGGCUGCCAAGGACUGGAAGUUCUAUGGCGUAAUCUUUUUCAAUAUUUGUGCCAGUGUCCCCACGCAGGCGUUUAGCAUAUUCCUACCUCUUGUUCUGCAGGGUUUGGGGUUCGCGAGCAUCCAGGCAAAUCUCAUGACAGUGCCGCCCUACGUCUGCGGCGCCGUUGGCUUAUACAUCUUUGCAUUGAGUUCAGAUCAUCGGCAAGUCACCUCCAAACACGACAGAGGCUGGCAUAUCAUAGCAAGUAUUGCCAUUGGAAUCAUCGGGCUGAUUCUCACGGUUACUGUCGAGGCGAGCGGUGGCAGAUACGCUGGUCUCUGCAUUUUGCUUUUCGGAUGCUACGUGUCUGCUCCUUUAACUGUAGCAUGGCUAAGCGGAAACACACCAGAGCCGGGAAAACGCACGCUGAUUCUUGGUGCGAACGGAUUUGGAAAUCUUGCAGGUAUCAUCGGUUCGCAGAUUUUUGCUGCCAAAUAUGGCCCUUCCUACAAAACAUCGUUCUAUGUUACCCUCGGUAUUGCAAUCGUUGCUCUUUUGGGCUAUACAGGCUACCGAUUUGCUCUUGCAGCUGCGAACCGAUACAAGAAAGAGAAGAUGGCCCAAAUGACUCCGGAGGAAUUGGAGCGCGAAAGAACCGAUCACACUCGAUAUGGCGAUCGCAAGUACACCUUCAUUUAUGGCUUGUGA